AUGUCCAGCCCCGGAGUCGACGGCGACCCCAAGCCCCCAUGCCUGCCUCGAAACGGCCUGGUGAAGUUGCCGGGCCAGCCCAACGGUCUGGGUGCGGCCAGUAUCACCAAGGGUACACCCGCCGCCAGGAACCGCCCCUGCCCACCACUGCCCCCACCCACUCUCCCACCGCCCAGCCUGGCUGCCCCGCUGCCCCGGGCUGCCUUGGCUGGGGGCCUGUGCCCCCCAGCAGGGAUCCCCCUCGGUGGACCGGCCUCAGCCCCUGCACCUGGGCCCCCCGUGGAGCGGCCGCCACUGGCCACAGAUGAAAAGAUCCUCAAUGGCCUCUUCUGGUACUUCUCGGCCUGCGAGAAGUGCGUGCUGGCCCAGGUGUGCAAGACCUGGCGGCGCGUGCUCUACCAGCCCAAGUUCUGGGCGGGCCUCACGCCCGUGCUGCACGCCAAGGAGCUUUACAACGUGCUGCCCGGUGGUGAGAAGGAGUUCGUGAACCUGCAGGGCUUCGCAGCACGUGGCUUCGAAGGCUUCUGCCUGGUGGGCGUCUCCGACCUGGAUAUCUGUGAGUUCAUCGACAACUACGCCCUGUCCAAGAAGGGCGUCAAGGCCAUGAGCCUCAAGCGCUCCACCAUCACUGACGCGGGCUUGGAGGUGAUGCUGGAGCAGAUGCAGGGCGUGGUCCGCCUGGAGCUGUCCGGCUGCAACGACUUCACCGAGGCGGGGCUGUGGUCCAGCCUGAGCGCCCGCAUCACCUCGCUGAGCGUGAGUGACUGCAUCAACGUGGCGGACGACGCCAUCGCGGCCAUCUCGCAGCUGCUGCCCAACCUGGCCGAGCUGAGCUUGCAGGCCUACCACGUGACGGACACGGCGCUGGCCUACUUCACGGCGCGCCAGGGCCACAGCACCCACACGCUGCGCCUGCUCUCCUGCUGGGAGAUCACCAACCACGGCGUGGUCAACGUGGUGCACAGCCUGCCCAACCUCACGGCGCUGAGCCUCUCCGGCUGCUCGAAGGUCACGGAUGACGGCGUCGAGCUCGUGGCCGAGAACCUGCGCAAGCUGCGCAGCCUCGACCUCUCGUGGUGCCCGCGCAUCACCGACAUGGCGCUGGAGUAUGUGGCCUGCGACCUGCACCGGCUGGAGGAGCUGGUGCUGGACAGGUGUGUGCGCAUCACGGACACUGGCCUCAGCUACUUAUCUACCAUGUCGUCCCUCCGCAGCCUCUACCUGCGAUGGUGCUGCCAGGUGCAGGACUUCGGGCUGAAGCACCUCCUGGCCAUGAGGAGUUUGCGGCUCCUGUCUGUGGCAGGAUGCCCGCUGCUGACCACCACCGGGCUGUCGGGCCUGGUGCAGCUGCAGGAGCUGGAGGAGCUGGAGCUGACCAACUGCCCCGGGGCCACCCCCGAACUCUUCAAGUACUUCUCGCAGCACCUGCCCCGCUGCCUCGUCAUCGAGUAG